AUGGAAAAAAUUGUCAAAGCGGUCCAUACCUUAGGCGAGCAGGCCGAUGAUUUGCAGCGGAAGAAGAUAUUGAUUGCCCUUCGUGACCUAUCUACAUAUAUUGAAACUCCACAGGAUACCAUGCCAAGGAUUUCGCAUGCACAUCUCGAACCGAUUCUGAUCCGUAUAGGACACAAGUUGCGGAUUUUCCAACUUGUCACCGAGGCCAAGCAACCUCUAACCGUGGACGAACUAGCGCAAAAAACAGACACAAACCCAAGCCUUCUGAGUGCGACUAAUUUCCACUUUACCAAAAGCCGCAUUCUGAGAUACUUGGCGUCAGUGGGAGCACUGAAAGAAACAGCCAAGGAGACAUAUAGUGCAAGCAAAAUAACCCUUAGUUUGAAUGAACCAGGAUUCGAAAGCGCCAUUUACCACAAUGUGGAAACAAUUGCUCCCGGCUUUUGGGCCUUUUCCGAGUAUUUGGAAGAGAACAAAUACCAAGAGAUUUGUGAUCCGACCAAUACUCCUUUCCAGAAAGCAUGGAAGCUUGGUGGUCAAAAUCCUUUUGCCUGGCUUCAUCCCAGCAAGAAAAGUUCACCCACUUCAAUCGCUUCAUGGAGGCCCAACACAAAGGCAUGCGCCAGUGGUUGGACAGGCACGAAUCUACUACUUUCGCAACAUCAUGCACACGAUUACCCGGAUGAAAAGGCAAUGGAAAUCCUUCAAAAUACCACAUCUGCCAUGGGGCCGGACUCUGUUAUCUUGAUUGACGACAUGGUCAUUCCCAACAUGGGCGCUCAUUGGCACGCCACUCAGGUGGAUAUGGUCAUGAUGGUGUCACUGGCCUCUCGUGAACGCACCGUCGAUCAGUGGAAUGCCCUGGUUGCCAAGGCUGGUCUCCAAAUCAAACGCCUGUUUUACGUACACGGACAGUCUGGGCGACAGUAUACUUGA